AUGGAGGUCGACGACGACGAAGCAGCUCUCGAGCCCCGCUGGCUCGACUCCGUCGAGGGCGAGAUCGCCUUCUUCCGCUCGCUCAUGCGCGCCCGCCCCGUCGGCAUCCACCGCCACUUCCACGUCCUCACCAUGCGCAACGCGAUCCUCCGCGACACCGGCGAGCUCGUCGCCAUCGACGACCUCUGGGCGAAGCUGCGCACCUGCUACGACCUCGACAUCCUCGAGAAUAUCGAAGCGGACGGAUACGACUUCCCGGGCGAGGGCCCCGCAAGCACCCCACCAUUACCCCCGCGUUCGCCAUCGCCGUCCGACAACCUCUCGAUGCACCCUUUCUUCCGACACGAAUAUACCCUGCCCCACGACGAGACGUUCGAAGCCAUCAUGUCUGAGCGCCGAAUGCGCGCGUCCGUGUCCCUCCCCUCCUCAUCCCCCGCACCAUCGCCAGUGACACAAACGAAGUCUGGGCGGGGCGGCCGGAAGGGGAAGAGUAAGCUCAAGCACAUGGCGGGUUUGGUGGGCGGCGACAGCGACAGCAGUGCGUUAACCCAGGAAAGUGGGGAUGAGAGCGUAGCACCCACGCCACGAGAUAGCGUCGCAACCGGAACCGAUGCAGGUACCGAGUAUGCGGAGGACGAGGAGGACCCAAGACAGUCUCCAGCCGCCUCAAUAGCUUCAAAGCAACCUCGAAAAGGCACGAAGGGCACCGGACGAGGAAGGGGUCGCGGCAGGGGGGCGGGAGCCGGAUCCCGCGGUACGAAAAGGAAAAAGAAAUAG